CGUUAACUCCUCUUCUCUGCUUGAAUGAUACGACUUGCGUGGGAGCACUCCAUCACCACCACCAACAUCACGUUCCUUAUUCCCAUUGGAUUGGAUGGACCCAUGUCCACCACCUCCCCUUGGGCCGCAAUUUCUAUUGUAAGCGGAUUGUGCUAAUCGGUCAUGUAGCAUGAGCGGACCUCAUUCUCAGGAACUAAAUUACCGCAUUUUUGAUAACAAGGCACCUUGCAGGACGAACAUCAUUCAAAAAACUGACUUGUUCCGCACAACAACUUCGAAGAUUAUCCGAGAUUCCAAUUACAGCUAUGAAGCGAUUGUACAGGCCUUGACCUCUGCCUCUAUACCGCUGUUGGGGAUGGAGCUUCUUAGGGUAGGCCAUCCAGAAUGUUCCUAUGCCAGUCCACCAAUGCUCGCGGUCAAUCUCCGCAUAGUAUCUACUUGCCCGAUUUCGCAAUUUCUCUGCUUCCUCUAUGUUUCCAAGUCUAAGAUUAGCAUCACAGCUGGAGUAAUCUAUUAUAAUGGGAGUGAAUUCUGUAAACUUGUUCCGGAGAGUCUCUGCUUGGUUUCGAGCGUCAUUCCACAGAUCUCGUGCUUGAGUGUAGUGGCCUUUGAGGUGUGCUACCAAUGCUCCUCCAAGGCAGGCUUUGAGAUGGAUGAGUUCAGAAUUCCAGGUACCUUCACUGCCAGCUUUUAGUCCGUGUGCUUCUUUCAACUCUUCGAACCGACGUUUGGCAUCGUUCAAUUUGAGAAGGAUCUCUUCGGAAAGUGCUCUUCCCUCAACUUUCGCGAUUAACCCAUGGCAGAGCCUAGCCUCUGCCAAUGAAACUUGCAAGUUUCUGUAUGUUGAGAGGCUUC